AAACACAACAGCGGAAGUCUUAAGAACACAAGCGGCAUCUUCCUCCCACAAUUAAGAUGGCCACCGCUGCCUCGGGGACACAUUUCCGGUCCGGGGUUUGGAAGCGUCAUCAUCCACAGUCUGAGAUGAAAGAGAAGUGGAUGCAUUGAAUUAGGGGCUCCGGACUACAGUACACCACCUCCCCGGAGACAGACGCGGAGCAUGGAGAAUGAUGAAUUUUCGACAGAGGAUGGGAUGGAUCGGGGUCGGCCUCUACCUCUUGGUCAGCGCUGCUGCUUUUUACUACGUAUUUGAAAUCAAUGAAACUUACAACACACUGGCCCUGGAGCAAGUACAGGUGAAGCCACCAGAUCGUGACACUGAAGCAUCAUGGGUACACUCCCUAAAAGCACGUCUGCUCUCUCUGCCCUUCUGGCUCUGGGCUGCCUUGUUUCUCCUGCCCUACUUCCAAGUCUUUCUUUUCCUUUAUUCCUGCACAAGAGCCGACCCCAGGACCGUGGGUUACUGUAUUAUUCCCAUUUGCCUGGCGGUUCUCUGCAACCGUCAGCAGUCUUUCAUCAAGGCCUCUAAUCAAAUUAGCAGACUGCAGUUGAUUGAAACUUAAAUCUUCUGUCUUUGCGUCAUGGACCAGAAGCAAAAAAUAAAUGCUGAUUCCAACCCUGGCAAAUGAAGAUUGGACUAACGUGCCUCUUUUUCUUAAGCUUUUUUUUUUUUUAUUGAAAUUACUCCUGGCUGCUAAAUUGGUUGGGUGGAAACUGAACAGUUUUGCUUAAAUGGUUUCAUAUGAUUGUGAAGUUGAAUAUCAGGCUUUAUUAGAUCAUUCACACUUUCCAACAUUUUGGAUACGCUGUAACAGGCAUCACUCCACAUCCAAAAUGUAUCUACCAUCGGUAGCCCUUGAAACCGGAAGAUAUGUAUAUCCCUCAUCUGUCUCUUGCUACCACUGUGUUCUGCAAUGUAGUCACUGGUUCUGACACAGUGCGAUCUACACUUGAUUUUUAUAUACAGAAAUGACAAUGGAUGAUUUGUUGAGAUGUAAAUUGAACUUUUGUAUUUUAAAGUUAAUCCGAUCUUGUCAGGUGUUUUCGAAGCUGUUUACAUGGAUGAGCUGCACUACCAGUGACUGCUUCCAAUAAAAUCAUGAAAUUAAACAAAACAAAAAAGUUAAUAUAAAACAAGCUUUAGAAUUUCAUUUGAUAGAAAUUUUGUCGAGAAGAAAUUAUUUGGGCGAUUUGGUGAACAAGGGAUACGUGUCAGUGUUGGAAUUAAUGUUUUUCCCUCGGUGAUUAGAUGUAGAAAUGCUUUGUGCGGAUCUGCUGUGUCUGUAAAAAAAAAACAACAACAAAAAAAACGUCCACACACGGUACAAUCCCGCCCUCUUGUCUUACACAAAAGGGAUGCGGUUAGUAUCCUGGCACUCGGGCUGUUAGUGGUCAUGUGACCGACGCCGGAACACUGACGACCAACAUCUCGUGGGUAAGUAUCUGCUCCACUGUUAGAGUUUGGACCCAGCUGGGGAGGGCGGCUAAGGUUAGGCACUAGAGGGAGGGGUUAGUUGUCCCCCCAUCCCCCCACCACCCCACCCCACCCAAGGUCUUAGCCCUAGCUACCACACCAGGCCGGUUAUGGUAGGGGCAGGAGAGGGGUAAGAUAAUUACCCUAUCCCUUGUUGGCGUUCUAAUGAUCGGGAUGCUGAUGUCAGUCAUGUGACCGCUGACAUCCAGUAUCGCACUCAAACCGUAACAAAUUGGAUCAGAACUGAGCAGCUGUCAUUUGGGGUCUGUUAGUGUGGUUGGAAGGUGACUCCACAGUCGGACCCAUUGCAGCCAUCUAAGGACUCCAUAUACCAAUAUGAAAGGUUUAGUUCUUAUUAGCAGGCUUCUUUUCAGGCCACACGCUAUAAUAUGAAGCCUAAUGAUGCAUAUCACUAGAGAGUGCAGCUCCUCUUAAUUACAGUAAAAAUAGAGACAUUUCUAUUGUAUUUACAGAAAAUGGAUGACUACAGUAAACCCUCCUCAAAUCUGUUUAAAUACAAAUGUAAAUGCAAUAUUUGUUGCAAGUGUCUGGUAAAGGUAUUGUCUCUUGGGCAUUUAAGACUGCACUGUUAUACCGCUUUCUGAUCGCAAUUACGGGUCCCACCCGGAAAUUGGAAACGGGUCCUUCCCGGGUGAGGCCUAGCAUUGGACCCUUACACACUUGCUCCCGAUCUAGCAAUAUGCCGUGUCGGGUUGCCAACGUGUGCAGGGGGCGGAGACAGCAACAGGGGCGGCACUGGGAAAUGAGAUCAUCUCCACGCUGCCUAUGCUGUGAACGGCUCCCGGGUUGUAUCGACCUGGCAUCCUGUUCACACUGCACCUGCCCUGGUAUUAAACCUGGGAAUAACCCUUCUUUCUUCCCGGGUUAAAUUACCGGGUCAGGCGACCCGGGAAUGCGGCAGUGACCCCUUUCACACCGCACAGCGACCUGCGUCAACCUGGCAAUAUACCGGGUUAUUUGUGUGAUGUGAAAGGGCUAUCACUUACAAUUAGGAUGUUUGGUGUUUGUCACCUAUAGACAGUGGAGGCAACUAUUCUGUGGUCUGACCAAAUAUUCAUGACAACGCAGCUAUUGGUUCAGAAGGGACUGGACACCUUGUGCCUCAUUGGUUCCUAGUGACUGGAUAGGCUGCGUUCUCAGUGAUGUCACUGGCUUUUAGUGAACUGAUAAACUACAUUUUCAGUAAUGUCACUAGUUCCUAGUGUGUGUGUGUGUGUAUAUAUAUAUAUAUAUAUAUAUAUAUAUAUAUAUAUAUAUAUAUAUAUAUAUGUAGCAUGCCUUUCCCACCUGUGGCUCAGGUAUAUCUGGAAAGGACAGAGGCGGCACUCCGAGGACUUUGAAAAAUAAUUUAUGUGCAAAGCAUGGCAAAUCAAAAGUGUACAAACAAUGAAAAAAACAUGGAGGUCUUACGACGUUUCAAGGCAGCAAGCCUUUUCUGUGGGAAAGGCAUGCUACCUGAAUUAAUCUAAGGAAGGCACCCAGGCAUAUGCAUUUUUCAUACAGAGUGCCGGAUGUAUACAUUGACAUAUAUAUACAUAUAUAUAUAUAUAUAUAUAUACACACAGAGUAAAAACCACAGCACUCACCGCACCAGAAGCGGGGCACAGCUAUGCACUUACCACUCACAGGGUGGGGUGCAUGUAACACUGCACUCUCCACCACAGAAGCGGGGUACACAGCUGUACUUACCACUCACAGGGCGGGGUGCAUGUAGCCCAUGACCACAUCGCUCUAAUAAAUACAAACAGAGAACCCAGCACUCACCAAAGUAAACUCACUUAUCCUCAACAAUUCAAUAAAUAAAUAAAUGAUGGGGGUUUAGUUGGUGGAUUGGCCAAUGCACGGAAGCCUGUAUACCGAUUCAAGGUACCCCACCUUCAUACAGGUCCCACACUAUCACUAUAUAUAUAUAUAUAUAUACACACUUUUUUUAUUUAUUCAUUGCAGGCUGCAGUCUUAGAUUGGUGCAUCCCACAAAAUGGCUGCCUGCACUCUAUAUGUAGGUGACAAGCACAAAAUAUUGACCCUGAAAAUGUUGAUUUAUGUCCAUUUUAGGAAAGUUAAGCAAAUGGAGCUUGUUGGGCUGAUUUUCUUUUCAGUAUGUGGUGUUCUUUAUCUGCCUUGUCUUUAUGGAAGUAAUUGCCUUAAUAUAUGUAAAUGAAAUGGCUUGGGCUUUCACACAGAAGUAAUGGUUUCUUUAAAUGCUAGGUGUAUUUCUUUAUUAAAUGACUCCCCAUUUUUCUCUAAAAUGCGUAAGCAUGAAUCCUAUGACAACUCAGGAGUUGUCUCUUUGCCUGUUCUCCCUGACGUACUGUUCCCUGAAACACAGUUUAGGUGUGAAUAACACAUCAUAGAUGUCACCUUGGAGCAGGUUUUCCCAAGCUUGCUCCUAACUGCACACUAACAGGCCAGGUUUUAGUGAUAUCCAUGCUGGAGCACAAGUGACUUAAUUAGUACCUCAGUUAUCUAGAUUUAACCAUGUGUGCUGAAGCCUGGAUAUCCCUAAAACCUGCACUGUUAGUGUGUCUUGAGCACCGAUGUUGGGAAUGCCUGCUUUAGAGCUUACAGAGGGAGCUCAGAUUGGACCUCCCCUGCCAUUAAUGUUGAGAUCCAUGAUCUAUCCUUCACUGCUUUUUAGAUCCAUGUAAUCUCUGUGCACAGUCUCUGGGUUAUAUAACUGUUUUAACACUGUCUACAGAUAUUUUGAUAUUGCUGUUAUCUGCAAAAUUCACUGAUUUAUGUUUCGGGGGAAAUAUCUGGAGUUGCACUAGUCGUAUGUGAUGGAAACUUUUUUUUCUCAAUUUUUUGCCUAUGUUUCUUUAUAUAAUGCCAAAAUAUAUUUAUUCCAAUAAAAAAAAAAAGUUUUUAUGUCUGA